AUGGGUCAGCACUUAAUCCCAACGGCAGAGGAGCCACGUGACAGCUGCCAAAGUGUCAACUUUGGUCGUCCGUCUCCUUGUGAAGCCGCCCAAGCUGUGCAUCGUCUCGUCUCCCAAGUACCCGCGAAAUUCCGAGCGUUGAGAAGAAUCUGGUUGCUGAUUGAGGCGCAUUGCCAGACCAACAUGGCUGAGUCCACAGAUGAAGAUGUCGCCGCGGUCCGCAGCAUCUCUUAUCCAGAUGCUGUCGACAAGAACCUCCCAGAACUCUAUUACUUCAUGGGCAUACGCGUACUCGAACACACAACGUCAAACGGCGAUGUACUCGCCCUCAAAGUCAAGAGUCAUGAUUCCCUGGCGCGCUCUGAAGCAGACAUGAUGCAGUUUGCUGCAACGCACGGCAUCCUGGCGCCCAAAGUCCGCGGAUGUUAUGACAUCGUGACCAUGAAGCCCCAAAGGCCGCUGGCACGCGUCUUGGUGGCCGAGAGGGUACCCGGAGAGUCAUUGGACACCGUAUGGGACGAGCUCAGCAAGUUGGAAAGGGAAUCCAUCAAGAAACAGCUACGUGAGCAGUUCGCCCUCAUGAGAAGCUGCACCCAGCCGUACAUUGGACGGGUUGACAAACAGCCCACGUACAAUGUCUACGAUCGACUGGAAUACAACUUCAUCGGCCCGUUUGAGGAUGAAGAAGCCUUUGACACGUGGUGUUUGAAUCGACUCGGGACGUCUGACUUCACAACGUGGAGAAUGCGCCGGUUCCUUGAGAAGUCGCGCGCAAGGUCAAAGGCUGCCGGCACAGCAAACAGAUUUGUCCUCACGCACGGCGACUUGUCACCGCGCAACGUCAUGGUUGAGAAUGGACGGGUGACUGGCAUUGUGGAUUGGGAGAGGAGCGGUUUCUUCCCGGAAUAUGCAGAGUACGCCUUUGCGUUGAAGCUCGGCCACGAGAUUGAGAAGUGGUGGAUUCCCGUCCUGAAGGAGCUGUUGGUGCCUUGCGAGAAGAAGAGGCUAAACUUGACAAAGAUGGUGGAGUAUCGAGGCUGGUAG